UUCUUCUCCGUUCUCUCUUUGCAGCAUCCAUAACAAAAAUCGAAACCCGAGAAAGAGAGAGAGAGAGAAAGUAAAAAAAUCGCCGAUUAAAUCCUCCGUUUUUGAGAAAAUCUCUGCAAGUUUCAAACGAUUCGAAAGAGGAGACUUCGCCGAUCGAUGGUAUUGCCUGGUGAAGAAGAAGACUACAUGGCGACGGAGCACGAGAGAUCGAAGACUCGUCACAAUUUCACGCUCCCGAAGUGGGGGAUUCAGCGAGCCCUGAGGUGCGUGAAGGUCGAAUCCGACGGCGAAUCCGACGCCGCCGGUGAUCGACGACCGUCACGACCACGACGCCGAUCCUCGCCUUCCGAAAUCGGCGGUGCGACUCCGGUCCGAUUCGGCGGCGGUUUCGAAAAUCGGAAUCGAUAUUUGGAGACGGAGCCGUGGAGAUUUCUGAAGUACGGCGUCGAGGAAGGAUUCGAAGAGUACAGGGCGAGGCUCAUGUCGCAUCUUAGAACGACGACGGAAUCGAUUUUCAGGAAACAAGCUCCAGGCGAUGAAGAGAAGACGAACGAGAGGGAGGAAUUAGAACCGCCGGAGAAGGAGGAAUUAGAACCGCCGGCGAAGGAGAGGGAGGUUUCUCCGCCGGAAGCGCCGGUAGUAGCGGUGGAGGUGAAGCCGUGGAAUCUGAGGAAGAGAAGAGCAGCCUGCAAAGCUCCGAUCACAGAUACCGGAAAUUCCGACGCAAAUCAGUACAAAAACUACAAGGGAUUAGAGAUUCACGAGGAUAAGCGAGUGAGUUCGUCGAUUUCGGGAAACAAAUCGGAGACGAAGCCCAGGAGAUUACUCUCGACGCUAUCGAAGAAAGAGAUUGAAGAAGAUUACAUGGCGUUGGUAGGUCACCGACCACCGCGACGACCCAAGAAACGAUCCAGAACCGUUCAGAAACAGAUCGAGUUGUUGUAUCCAGCUUUGUAUAUUUCUGAAAUUACCCCAGAUAUGUACAAGGUCUCAGACGCUGCCGAGAACGGAAAGAGAUGAUGAUGAUGAUGAUGAUGGAUGAUGGAUGAUAAGUUUCAGUUGAAGUUUCACAGCCUAAUUUUGCUGACUUGUGGAAUGUCUUCAAAGUUGGAGUGUGAUCAAAUCAGAAUGGUGGAAGCUCUUAGAUACUGCUCAAUUUUGUGUUUUUUUUUUUUUCAUUACUUAUUCUUUUUGUUAGUUUUGGUUUCUUAUGUUGCAAUGGCUGAAUAAACCUGUGCAAAUAUAUGGGUGAAGUAGGUUCUUCUGCUUCAUAAGAACAUAAGCCAAUUAUAAUCAAUAACAAGGUUUAACAUUUCACCAAAAUCUUGCCUUUUUGUGACUAUCCAAGCUCAUCAC